AUGGGGGCGCAUCGAGGCUGUUCAGAACACCGCUCCGUCUACCGUCAACAGCGCCAAGAAGAAGCUCGAUCCCAAUCUACUAUCGACCCGACGACCACGACUACUCCCGUAUCCGCAACUCCUUCUCCGUACCGAUACCCCGAGUCCGAAUACCCCGUUGUCAUGGACGAAAAGCGAGACUAUUACGGACACCGCACAUCGACACCUCCUCCCUACCCGGCCAUGUCUGCGCGGAUGACCCGGAGAAGGGGCAUCUUGCCCGCCCUGGCUAUGGCCGUCUUGUUCGCCUACUCUCUGUGGAAUUAUCUGCGUCACCCUUUGAGCAGCAGCAGCAAAUCUCGCAUCGUGCCUCAGGAGCCGCCGGUCGAGGUUGCCAAGAGCUUGGUGCCUUUGGAGGCGCAUAUCAUGAGCAAGUGUCCGGAUGCUAGGGACUGCUUGAGAGAUUUGGUUCUGCCUACCAUGGUCAAGUCCCUCGACAAGGUCAACUUUACCCUGUCGUAUAUCGGCACACCGACCGAGAAUGAUGGCGUAGACUGCAAGCACGGCCCUGCCGAGUGCAUGGGAAACAUUAUUGAGCUUUGCGCCAUCCACCUCUACCCCGAUCCCAAGAUCAACCUCGGAUUCACCAUGUGUCUUACCCGCGAAUACAGCGCCAUCCCCGACCGUACUCUGGUCGAGGACUGCGCUCUGGAACACGCCAUUGACAUCAAGGCCCUUGACGACUGUGCUACCCAGGACGACGGUGGCUUCGGCGUUGGUAUGCUGCGUGACAGCGUCCGCCGGAGUAAGGAUGUAAGUCUUGCCCACAUUUCCCUCCUAUCUCAUCUAUGUCUAAUCAAUUGUAUAGGCUGGCGUUACCAAGAGCUGCACCGUCAGGCUCAACGAGGAGAUUUACUGCAUCCGGGACGGCGGUGA